AUGGCUGCGAUUAAAGCGGCAAACUCCAAGGCGGAGGUGGCCCGAGCGCAGGCGGCUCUGGCCGUCAAUAUCUGCGCCGCCCGCGGGCUGCAGAAUGUGCUGCGCACCAACCUGGGGCCUAAGGGCACCAUGAAAAUGCUUGUUUCUGGUGCAGGUGACAUUAAACUCACCAAAGAUGGAAAUGUGCUGCUUCAUGAGAUGCAAAUACAGCACCCAACAGCUUCCUUGAUAGCCAAAGUAGCAACAGCUCAGGAUGACAUUACAGGAGAUGGUACUACUUCGAAUGUUCUAAUUAUUGGAGAAUUAUUAAAACAAGCUGAUAUUUACAUUUCUGAGGGCCUGCAUCCUAGAAUAAUAACGGAAGGAUUUGAAGCUGCAAAGGUUAAAGCACUCGAAGUUUUGGAAGAAGUUAAAAUUAACAAAGAGAUGAAAAGAGAGAUCCUUUUAGAUGUGGCUAGAACAUCACUACGAACUAAAGUUCAUGCUGAACUGGCUGAUGUGUUAACAGAGGCUGUUGUGGAUUCUGUUUUGGCUAUUAGAAGACCAGGUUAUCCUAUUGAUCUCUUCAUGGUAGAGAUCAUGGAGAUGAAGCACAAGUCAGAAACAGAUACAAAGUUGAUCAGAGGAUUAGUUUUGGAUCAUGGUGCCCGCCAUCCAGAUAUGAAGAAGCGAGUAGAAGAUGCAUAUAUUCUUACUUGCAAUGUUUCACUAGAAUAUGAAAAAACAGAAGUGAGCUCUGGUUUCUUUUAUAAGACUGCACAAGAGAAAGAAAAACUGGUAAGAGCAGAAAGGAAAUUCAUUGAAGAUAGAGUACAAAAAAUAGUGGAUCUGAAAGAAAAAGUCUGUGGUCAUUCCAAUAAAGGAUUUGUUGUCGUUAACCAGAAGGGAAUUGAUCCAUUUUCCUUAGAUAUUCUUGCAAAGCACGACAUAGUAGCUCUUCGCAGAGCAAAACGAAGAAAUAUGGAAAGACUCUGCCUUGCUUGUGGUGGAGUGGCUGUGAAUUGUCUCGAGGAUCUCAGUAUCGAUUACUUGGGACAUGCUGGUCUGGUACAUGAGUCUGCAUUAGGUGAAGAAAAGUUCACAUUUAUCGAGGACUGUGUUAACCCUCGCUCUGUAACCUUGCUGGUUAAAGGACCGAAUAAGCAUACUCUCACCCAAAUCAAGGACACCGUCAGGGAUGGGCUUCGUUCCAUCAAAAACGCCAUUGAGGAUGGCUGUGUGGUUCCAGGAGCGGGUGCAGUCGAAGUGGCAAUAGCUGAUGCCCUUAUUUCCUACAAACACACCGUAAAAGGAAGAGCUCGUCUUGGGGUCCAGGCUUUUGCUGAUGCUUUACUCAUUAUUCCUAAGGUUCUUGCUCAGAAUUCUGGUUUUGACCUGCAGGAAACACUAGUAAAAGUUCAGGCUGAACAUUCAGAAUCAAAACAAGCUGUCGGCAUAGAUUUGAAUACAGGCGAACCAAUGAUAGCAGCAGAUGAAGGAGUUUGGGAUAAUUACUGUGUGAAAAAACAACUUCUUCAUUCUUGCACCGUGAUUGCCACCAACAUUCUCCUGGUCGAUGAAAUUAUGCGAGCUGGGAUGUCUUCUCUUAAAGGGUGAAUGAAUUCCAGGUCAACACUCCAGGAAACAGCAUCUUAC